AUGGCCUUUCUAAUGAAAAGUAUGUUGAGCAACCAGGUAAAGAAUUUGGGACUUGGAGGUGGAGGGGAAGAAAGCAAAGAAGAAAGCACCCCUUCUGACCCAGCAGCAGCUGCAGGAAUGACCAGAGAGGAGUAUGAGGAAUAUCAAAAGCAAAUGGUUGAGGAGAAGAUGGAAAGAGAUGCAGCAUUUGCCCAGAAAAAAGCAGAGCGAGCCUGUCUGAGGGUUCACCUGAGAGAGAAGUACAGACUCCCUAAGAGUGAACUGGAUGAGAAUCAAAUACAGAUGGCUGGGGAUGACGUGGGUUUGCCAGAAGACCUGCAGAAGAUGGUGGCACAAGAUCAGGAGGAGGAAGAAGACAAGGACUCCAUCCUGGGGCAGCUGCAGAACAUCCAGAACAUGGACAUGGAUCAGAUCAAAGAGAAGGCACAAGCCACCUUCACUGAAAUGAAGCAGGCGGCCGAGCAGAAAUGUUCUGUCAUGUAG